UAAAGAUUAAAAUUGGGAUAAUAAUAAUCUUGUAUAUUUCUAUAGAAAUUAUUUCUAAUAAUAUUUAGAAAAUAUUAUAGAUAUUUUCUAUACACAAAAUGAUAUUAAUGGAACCAAACUAAUAUAUUUCUCUCUCUUAAAAUGGUUUUGAUAAUUGUCAAACCGUCGUGGAUAUGAAGAGUUUUGUUGAAUAACUCAAGGCGUGAAGAAAGGCAUGGAACAAGACCAAAAAGACUCAAGGACAAGAUCAAGAAUUGAAGACGUAGUCGAGUCAAUUGUUGGGAAAAAUAUCAUAGAUUUUGAUGAUGAUGUAUUUAGAAUGAUACAACUUUUGAUCAAGUACCACACCACGUGGAUGGUGCUUGAGGAUGGACCCUUGAAAAUCCAAAUGGAGAACCCUGAGAGGAAUCCAGCUGCUCCAGAUGUAGUCCAGUACAUUCCAAAGCCCAAAGAAAAAUGGGAUGAUAGAGAUUGCAAAAAGCACAAUCUGGACAACGUCGCCAAAGCAGCCAUCUUCAAGACACUUGAUCCCAUCAUCUUCUCCAAGAUUAAGCAUCUCAAGACUGCCAUGGAGAUUAGGCAAGGUCUUGGGAAGCUAUGUGAGGGAUCAGAGGACCUGAGAAAGCAGAAGAUAGAAGUCCUGCUUGAGAAGUUCAAAAGCUUCAAAAUGCUUCCCGGAGAAUCAUUUGAUAUGUUGGAUGAAAGAUUCCACAAGAUAUUGAAUGAUUUUGCUUCACUUAACCACAUUUUUUCUCCCAAAGAAAAGAAUGUAAGGUUGCUGAGAUCACUUCCAACUGAGUGGUACACCAAAGCCACAGCCAUGGAAGAAGGAAGAAACCUGGAGAACUACACUGUUCAAGGUCUCCUUGAUGAACUCAGAACCUAUGAGCAUGAGCUGAAGAAGAAGAAGGAAGAACAAGUCACUCCCUUCCCCACGACAUUGAUGACAACUCCAAGAAUCCCAUCAAGUGAAGGGACAUGCACAAGAAACUGUGACACACCUUCCUCCAGCCAGCCGUCAAGCUCAAAAAUGGAGAACUACGAUGAGGAAUUUGCCAUGAUGGUCAAACAAUUCCGGAAGUUCAAGAAGUUCUUCAAGAAGGCUAAUUCAAUCAGAAGGCCAUCCAAGGGAAAGCCACAGGUAAGUGACUCCCCUCCUGAAUCUUAUUUAUGCUAUAACUGUAGGAAGCCUGGCCACUGGAAGUCAGCAUGCCCGUACCCAAAGGUGGAGAAGUACAGAGAAAGAGAAAGGAUCGAGAAGAAAAAGAAAGCAAUGGUUGCUGCUGAAAGUGAGGAGUCAUCCAGCUCAAGCUCGGAUGAAGAAGCCCUCGUCUGCAUGGAGCGCAGAGUUGAGAAGUCCAACCAUGAGGAUAGGUGGACUAUGUCAGAAGAUGACACUCUCUGCCUAAUGGCCAAAGAUGAUGCUGAUCAAGAGGUAACCUCACAAACCUCCUGCUCAUCUUCUUAUAGCAUACCAACCUCUGAAAAUCUUUUUGACCAGUUCAAAAAGAUGAUGAAAGAUUUUGAGGAGAUAAAUCUCAAACACUCAUCCUUAACAGAAGAGAACAAACUAUUGAGUGAAGAGAAUCUCAAGUUGACUGAAAGUCGGAAAAGUCAACUGAAUGAGAUCACUCAACUCAAGACUGAAAAUGAAUCUCUCUCUGAAAAGGUGAAAUCCCUUGACAAAGAGCUAGGGAUACUUAAGCCCCAAGAAGCAGUGAACAAGCUUCUUGAAACGACCAAACAUAAGGGUCGCAAAGGACUUGGGUUUGACCCCUCUAGUUCCAAAAGGAAAGGGAAGACAACUUUCAUCCCUCCUAAACCUACUGUCAAACCUAAUAAGCAGAAAGGGAAGGAAAAGGAGAAACCAACAGAAGUUCCCAAAAAGCCUAGCAACAUUUACAUUUACUUAACAGAUCCGAUUGAAACUAGAAGGAAACUUACAACUCCAGUUGGCUAUCGGGUAGUGAAAAGAGACAUUGCAGGUAUAGCAGAUAUCACCGGAGUCGCUGCCCAGAAGCCGUCGCCGGCCUGCAGUCUAGACGCCAUCGCUGUUAUUUUCGCCAGAGCAGAGGAGGCUCGCUGGACUCCUCACUGUUUCACCGGAAAAGAUGGAGGCCACUCCCCACCCUUCUCGCCGCUGCUACCCUCGUUGCCGAUGGAGAUCAUCACCACCACCCCUGUGUCUGACCGGAAAUUCUCCGCCAAAGAUGGAGGUGGCCUUCCGGUGGAGACCAUUCGUUACCGUUGACUAGCCUCGCGACAUCCCCCUUCUCUAUCGCUGCUGGACUUCACCGGAACAGAGGGAUUCGCCGGAGGCUGCUGCCCUCAUCCAAUUCGUUGCCUCUGUUCGUGUUGCUUGCAUCACCGUUGGUCGCAUAUGCAAAGGGGCUCGUCGGCGAUGUCGUGGUGGCGGGGGAUGGUGAUCAGAGUUCAUCGGAGAAGGAAAACAAUUUAUGUCUAGUGGCGGCGUGUCUCGAUCGGGAAGAAGGAGGCCAAAACUAUCGCGUGAAAAGAGUAUAUAUAUGCCUAGGGUUUUGCUCUCCAUAAUUUAAAAUAACGUGUCUGAGUAAAACACACCUUUCGGG